ACCGCUGACAGUCUCUUCACCUCAGCACCGUCUGUUUCUGCAAUCUCUCGCUUCCACAUGCAACCUGCUACCACACCAUCAUCAACAUGCUCGCUCUUAUGAAUCGCUACACUUUAAUAUCAGCCGCACUGCUCUGCCUGAUGCCAUCUGGCCAUACUGGCAAAAAGCCUGUAAAGUGCCCUUCAUCCUGCAGCUGCUCCAAGGAGUCCAUCAUAUGCGUCGGUUCAUCAUAUGUACCGCGGAUCAUUCCGACCGAUGUUACUUCACUGAGCGUUGUGAAUGGUACCUUCUCUGAAGUCAAGGAGGCAAUGUUUGCACAUAUACCUUCUCUACAACUACUAUUACUUAACUCAAAUGCUCUUACCACAAUUAGGGAUGACGCAUUUUCUGGCCUACCACAUCUUGAAUAUUUGUUUAUAGAAAACAACAAGAUUGAGACAACAUCAAAAUAUUCCUUCAGGGGGCUCAGAGACCUGACUCACCUGUCUUUGGCAAAUAACAACAUCAGAGCCUUGCCGAGAGAUCUCUUCAUUGAUCUGGAUUCACUUAUAGAGCUAGACCUUAGGGGUAAUGCGUUUGAGUGCGACUGCCGUGCUAAAUGGCUGAUGACGUGGCUGAAGAGCACCAAUGCCUCAGUAUCAGAUAUUAUUUGUGCUGGCCCAGAGGAGAUGAAGGGCAUGCGGCUCAAUGACAUGGCAAGCCUUCAUGAUGAAUGCAUUUCCACAGAUUUCAUUCCUCUUCAGUCAGUGAUAACAGAGUCUCUAUCUGUGGACACGUUCUCCCACAAGAAUGACGUGUAUGUGGCCAUCGCUGCUCCUAACAUAGAAAGCUGCAUGGUGCUUCAGUGGGACCAUAUUGAAAUGAACUUCAGGAGUUAUGACAACAUAACAGGUCAGUCCAUUGUUGGCUGCAAGUCAGUGAUCAUCCAGGACUUGGUAUUCAUGAUUGUUGCUCAGCUUUUUGGUGGUUCUCACAUCUAUAAGUUUGAUGAGGACCAAAGCAAAUUCAUCAAGUUUCAGGACAUUGAAGUGUCCAAGAUCUCCAAGCCCAAUGACAUUGAAGCGUUUCAGAUUGGAGAUGACUGGUUCUUUAUUAUAGCCGACAGUUCUAAAGCUGGUCUAUCAACCCUCUACAAGUGGAACAACAAAGGCUUCUACUCCUACCAAUCCUUGCACGAGUGGUUCCGUGAUACCGAUGCAGAGUUUGUAAAUCUGGAUGGCAAGGCUCAUCUGAUUCUGGCUAGUCGUUCCCAGGUUCCAGUCAUCUACCAGUGGAGCAAGAGUUCACAGAAGUUUGUGUUACAGGGUGAAAUCCCCAACAUGGAGGAUGUUGUAGCUGUCAAGACUUUUUUGAUUAAGGAGGAGUUGUACCUGGCGAUGACACGAUAUAUUGGUGACUCUAAAAUCCUUCACUGGACUGCUAAGCAUUUCUCUGAGGUGCAGGCCCUUCCAUCAAGAGGUUCCAUGAUUCUUCAGCCAUUCACCUUCAAAGAUCGCUACUAUCUAGCUUUAGGUAGCGACUACACUUUCUCUCAGGUCUAUCUGUGGGAUGCAGAGAAACAGGUGUUUGAGCGCUUCAAGGAGGUUUACAUCCAGGCUCCGCGCUCCUUCACCAUGGUCUCCACAUACCGCAGAGACUUUAUAUUUGCUUCCAGCUUUAAGGGGAGCACACAGAUAUUCGAGCACAUCAUUAUUGAUCUGAGUCUGUAAAAUUCUACAUUGACUAUGGGUGGAGAUUGCCCAGCAGAAGUAUUUCAGCACUCACAAUGUCUUCCAUCCAAAAACUGAUAUUUUGCAAGUGGCUGAGAAGCAAGUUUGUAAAAUGCUUUGUGGUUUCUUUGUAUGGUGCAUGAUAUUCCAUGCAUUUGUUGACAUUUAUUUAGGAGAACCAUUUUUUUACAACCUUAGCAAGAAAUCCUCCAUACCAAUUAGAAAAUUAUGACAUGAAAAGCUAAAGCGUAUGAAGAGUUUCAGUCCAAAACAAUGCUGAUCCAUUUGCUUUAAUUUUUUUCCAUUUAAUUUGCUAAGGAAGGGAUUACAUUAAUUGUACGUUUUGCAAAUCGGACUUUAGUAUGU